CCUAAUCUCUUUCUUCCCUUGCAACCAAAAAUCUAUUGCCGACUCCCGAGAGUGGCUACAAACGUUAAGCACAUCAAACGUUUGUUCCCUCUCACGGGACCCAGCAGAGCACUAGCUCGUUUGCGUCCAGUCACCGCUCCCAUAUGCAGCGCCGGCCACCUUUUGUUAUAUAACGACGCUUAGAGAGAAUAAGCAUUGAGAUUCAGAAAGCUUGCUACAAAUGAGAGAAGACACAUAGAUUUAUUACUUCGGGAGUUCUCCCAAACACUUCAAAAUAAAAACAGGCCACAAACCACAAAUUGGUUCAUCGCUUAAGACACACAGCAUGGAGAACCAGCUGGAUGUCAUGGAUGACGCCGGCCACACUGAGAGGGCUCAGUGGGUGCUUAACUCUCCGGCUCCGCGGGGGCCGUGGCACGAGCUCACCGGUUUUAUCAGAGAGACUGUCUUUUGCCGUCGAAGACGCGGGCUCCCGCCACCUUCCUCCAAGGAACGUGCUGUUUCAUUCAUGAAAGGUGUUUUUCCAAUCCUCAGCUGGGGAAAAAAUUACAGACUAUCAAUGUUUAAAAAUGAUGUCAUGGCUGGUCUCACUCUUGCAAGCCUCAGCAUUCCUCAGAGUAUUGGAUAUGCCAAUUUAGCAAAACUUGAUCCUCAAUAUGGGCUGUACACAAGUGCUGUCCCCCCUCUAAUCUAUUCCUUAAUGGGGAGCUCAAGGGAGAUAGCUAUUGGACCGGUAGCCGUGGUCUCGAUGCUGCUGUCUUCCCUCGUUCAGAAAGUAGAAGAUCCUGCAGCUGAUUCCAUUGCCUACAGAAAGCUUGUUUUCACCAUUACAUUCUUCGCUGGCAUGUUCCAAGCUGUGUUCGGACUGUUCAGGUUGGGCUUUCUUGUGGAUUUUCUCUCACAUGCUGUUAUUGUUGGAUUCAUGGGAGGUGCAGCCAUUGUCAUUGGUCUUCAACAACUAAAGGGGCUGCUUGGUAUCACUCACUUCACCAACAAAACCGACGUUAUCUCCGUGUUGAAGGCGGUUUUCAAAUCAAUUCAUCAACCCUGGUACCCUAUGAAUUUUGUUCUGGGAUGCUCAUUCCUGAUUUUCAUUCUAAUUGCCAGGUUUAUUGGCAGAAAGGAAAAAAAGCUCUUCUGGUUGCCAGCUAUUGCUCCUCUACUAUCUGUUAUUUUGUCCACCUUGAUAGUGUUCUUGACAAAAGCCGAUAAGCAUGGGGUUACGAUAUUGAAGCAUAUCAAAAGAGGCGUGAAUCCCAGUUCAGCCAAUCAAUUAACGUUCAAUGGGCCGCAUGUUGGGCAAGCAGCCAAAAUUGGAUUGAUUUCUGCUGUUGUUGCUCUCACUGUGAGACUUCUUCUGGCCAUUAGUUCGUUCCUCUACCUAGAGGCAAUUGCCGUUGGUCGGUCCUUCGCUUCCAUUAAGGGCUACCACCUUGACGGGAACAAGGAAAUGGUGUCCAUGGGCUUUGUGAACAUUGCAGGAUCCUUAACUUCUUGCUAUGUGGCAACAGGUUCAUUCUCCCGUACCGCUGUGAAUUUUGCUGCAGGAUGUCAGACAGCAGUAUCCAAUAUAGUGAUGGCCAUUACUGUGCUUGUAUCCCUGGAGUUGUUUACUAGACUCUUGUAUUACACUCCAACUGCCAUCCUUGCUUCCAUUAUCUUAUCUGCUCUUCCUGGGUUGAUCGACAUUCGAGAAGCCUGCAAUAUCUGGAAAAUUGACAAACUUGACUUCCUUGCCUGUAUUGGUGCCUUUUUUGGGGUCUUGUUCGCAACAGUGGAGAUCGGUCUCCUAGCUGCGGUGACCAUCUCAUUUGGAAAAAUCAUACUAACAUCCAUCCGACCAAGCACAGAAGAACAAGGGAGACUACCAGGAACUGAUACUUUCAGUGACAUCAGUCAAUAUCCCAUGGCUAUUAAAACUCCCGGCAUCUUGAUAAUCCGCAUCAACUCGGGUUUACUUUGUUUUGCGAAUGCUAACUUCAUUAGAGAAAGGGUAAUGCAGCGGGUGAGUGAAGAUGGGGAUGUAACUAAGGAAAAUGCAGAGGGAUGUAUUCAGCUUCUUGUCCUUGACAUGUCCAGCGUGAUCAACAUUGACACUUCAGGAAUCCUAGGACUGGAGGAACUGCACAAAAACAUGGUUUCAAAAUGCAUAGAGUUAGCUAUGGCCAACCCAAGGAUGCAGGUGAUUCAAAAGCUAAAGUUAGCCAAAUUUACAGAUAAAAUUGGAGGACAUGUCUUCCUGUCUGUGAGUGAUGCCAUAGAUGCAAGCCUUGCAUCCAAAUUGGUGAAUUUUAGCAGUUGUUGAUGGCUUUAUAUGGCCUAAGUACACCGUUAAUUUGUUGAACAUUGUUGCUGAGGCUUUUAAAAUGGGUGUAUGUCUCUAUGAGUGCUGAUCUAUAUGCAUUCGCAAAUAAGUAAAAUGAAGCAGUUAUCUAAUGAUGCCUUGUACGGCCCAAGUACACGGUCGAUUUGUUGUGCAUUACUGUGAGGCCUAUGGGUGUGUAUGUAUGAGCGCAGAGCUAUAUCUGUUCCCAAAUAUAUAAAACAAAGCAAUUAUCUGAUGAAGAUGAUUCGCUACCUACCUAGGUCAUUGUGUUCACUUGAAUUGCGAGGCAUAUGGGUGUAUGUAUGUAAGAGUGCAGGUCCAUCUGCAUUCGCAAUUAAAUAAAACGAAGCAAAUGUUUAUGAUGGCUUUA